CGUGAGGAUUUUUUGUUAAGUUAGCUACUAAAGUUGACUAAUGCUUUAAAGUUGCUAGUAGAAAUUACAUUAAUGUAAAUGAAGCAAGGACAGAAAAAUUUAAUGUCUGAACCCACGUUGUGCUGUCGUGAAUGAUGAAUGUCAACUGUUCUCUGCCUGCAUUAACUCGUAGCAUUCACUCACUUCAGUAAGUUGCACUUGCAAUUCGGAAUCCUUUCGUCUAUUUGAUUCGGGCACUUCCUUUCCAACCAUGCCAGUGAUAGAAACACUUGGUGGUGCUCUUUUUGGUGCUGUCCUUCAGGUGCUGUUUGACAAGCUUGAUUCUCGUCAAGUUCUGGACUACUUUCGUAGAAGAAAGUUCGACGAGAAGCUCCUGAAGAAGUUGAAGAGGAAACUGGUAUCCAUUAAUGCCGGGGUUGAUGAUGCAGAAAAAAAGCAGUUCAGAAAUGCCUAUGUGAAAGCAUGGCUUGAUGAGGUAAGAGACGUGUUGCUUGAUACAGAGGAUUUGAUGGAUGAAAUAUACUAUGAAUUCUCCAGAUAUGGGUUGGAAGUUGAAUCCCAUAGCAGUUCUAGUCAGGUAUGUAUUUUUGAAUCUAGGAUUAAAGAAGUCCUUGAUGACCUAGAAUGUCUACUAAACCAAAUGGAUGAUCUAGGUUUGAAAAAUGCUAGCGGGGUAGGGGUUGGGUUAGGGUUGAAUAGUAAUGUGUCACAGAAAUUGCCAUCAACAUCUUUGGUGGUUGAAAAUAUUAUUUAUGGAAGAGAUGAUGAAAAAGAAAUGAUCCUCAAAUGGAUGACUUCAGACACUGAAAAGCAUAGCCAACUAUCUAUACUGUCUGUCGUGGGUAUGGGUGGGUUGGGUAAGACAACACUUGCUCAACAUGUGUACAAUGACCCAAGGAUAGAGGGUAAAUUUGCUAUCAAAGGUUGGGUUUAUGUUUCAGAUGAAUUUGAUGUUUUAAUGUUGACAAAAACAAUUUUUGGGGUACUCACGAAAUCAAAAGAUGAUAGUGUAGACCUAGAAAUGGUUCAAGGAAGAUUGAAAGAAAAACUGACAGGAAGGAAGUUUCUUGUCGUUCUGGAUGAUGUUUGGAACGAAGACCGAGCCCAGUGGAAAGCUUUGCAAACUCCUCUCAAUUAUGGGGCUAAGGGAAGUAAAAUUCUUGUCACCACACGCAGUAACAAAGUUGCUUCUAUCGUGCAAUCAAAUAAACUACAUGAACUGAAGCAAUUAGGUGGAGAUCACAGCUGGCAAGUUUUUGCUAAACAUGCAUUCCAAGAUGAUAAUUCGCAGAUGAAUGCUGAGGUGAAAGAGAUUGGUACAAAGAUAGUUGAAAAGUGCAGAGGAUUGCCUCUAGCCUUGGAAACAGUUGGAUGUCUUUUACGCUCAAAGUCUUCUGUUGCAGAAUGGAAAAGUGUAUUGUCAAGCGAGAUAUGGGACUUCCCUGAAGAAGAUAGCAAAAUCAUCCCUGCCCUAUUGUUGAGUUAUUACCAUCUUCCUUCCUAUCUCAAGAGAUGUUUCUCUUACUGUGCCAUGUUUCCUAAAGAUCAUCAAUUUGACAAGAAGAAUUUAAUUCAGUUAUGGAUGGCUGAAAAUUUUCUUCAACGCUCUCAACAGAGUAAGUCUCAGGAAGAAGUUGGCGAACAUUACUUCAAUGUUCUAUUAUCAAGGUGCUUCUUUCAACAAUCCAGUGAAGGCUUCAAAUCAUGUUUUGUCAUGCAUGGCCUUCUUAACGAUUUGGCAAAAUAUGUUUCUGGUGACAUCUGUUUCAGGUUUGGAAUUGAUAGAGCAAAGAGAACACUGAAGGAAACACGCCACUUUUCAUUUGUUAUUGAUGACUAUGGAGUAUCAUGUAAUGAGUACGAGAAUUUAUAUGAUGCAAAAGGGCUACGGACAUUUUUGCCUGUAACUAGGAUAUCUUAUUGGUCUUGGUAUUGUGAGACUUUGACGCUUGAGUUGAUAUUUAAGUUGAAGUGCUUACACGUUUUAUCUUUUUGUGGUUGUGUUAACCUUAAAGAGGUACCUGAAACUAUAGGCAAUCUUAUACAUCUCCGGUUUUUAGACCUUUCAAAUACUGGAAUUCAAAAACUGCCCGACACAAUGUGUUCACUAUGUAACUUACAAACAUUGAAGCUGAACAGUUGUGUGAAUUUGAAGGAGCUGCCCUGUAAUUUACAUAAACUAACCAAUUUGUGUUGUCCUGAACUUAUGAAAAACAGUCUGACAAAGAUGCCAAUGCAUAUAGGAAAACUGAAGAAUCUUGAAAUAUUCAUGAGUCCUUUCAAUGUUGGCAAAAGUAGUGAGCUAUGUAUCCAACAGUUAGGAGAACUCUUGAGUAAAACAUGUCUGGUACGGUUAGAUUUGCACUGGGAUUUGGAGCAGAACCUUGUGAAUUUCAUGAAAGAAAGAGAAAUACUUGAGAAUUUGCAGCCUUCCAGACAUUUGGAGGAGUUGUCAAUCAAUGACUAUGGUGGCAUACAAUUUCCACAUUGGUUAUCUGAUAAUUCAUUAUCGAAUCUAGUGUCCUUAAGCUUGAUCAAUUGUAAACAUUGCCUGUUGUUGCCUUCCCUCGAAUUCUUGACAUUUCUUAGGCACCUGACAAUUAGUGGGCAUGAUUGGAUACGGACGAUAGAUGCUGAUUUUUACAGGAAUAGUUGUUCUGCAUUUGCAUCCUUGCAAACGUUAAACUUUGCUGAUAUGAAGGAAUGGGAAGAAUGGCAAUGUAGGACAGGUGAUUUUCCAAGUCUUCAAAGUCUUUUUGUGACUAAGUGUCCCAAGCUGAAAGGACAAUUGCCAAAACAACUUUCUCAUUUAAGGAAACUAAUUAUUGAGGACUGCAAACAACUUGUGACUCUUGCUCCCAGGACCCUAGAAAUUUGUGAAUUACAACUGCGAGACUGUGGAAAGCUGCAAAUUGAUUAUAAUCCAACUACAUUGAAAAGGCUCCAGAUUGGAGGUGACAACAUGGAGGCAUCAUUACUUGAAAGGCUUGGCCAUAUCAUAUCGCAUACUUCUCUUGAAUCCUUCACCAUUUUUUCUUGUCCGAAUAUGAAUAUUCCUAUCAACCAUUGCUUUGAUUUCCUUGAAAAAUUGCAUAUCGGUGGUGGUUGUGACUCUCUGACAAACUUUCCUCUAGAUUUCUUCCCAAAACUCUCUGAGCUUGAGUUAUCGGAGUGUCCUAACCUACAGAUGAUAGCACAGGGGCACCCUCUUAAUCAUUUGAAGAUUCUGCGGAUUGGAAAGUGCUCUAGAUUUGAAUAUUUUCCCAAUGAAGGAUUAUUUGCCCGGCAGCUAGAGAGCUUUUAUAUUAUAGGAUUGGAGAAAUUGAAAUCAUUGCCUAAACGCAUGUCUGUGCUUCUUCCAUCUCUUAAUCUUCUGUAUAUAAAUGAUUGUCCAGAUGUGGAGGUUUCCGACGGAUGUUUGCCAUCAAAUCUAAAUGAAAUGUGUCUCUUCAAUUGCUCCAAACUUAUUGCCUCACUAAAGGGUCCUUGGGGAACCAACCCUUCCCUAAAAUCCUUGUCUAUUGGCAAAGUGGAUGAGGACUGUUUUCCAAGUGAAGGAUUGCUCCCACUCUCUGUUACUAAUCUAGAGAUAUAUGAUUGUCCAAAUCUUAAGAAACUGGAUUAUAGGGGUCUCUGUCACCUGUUCUCUCUUGAGAAAUUGUUUCUUUAUAAGUGUCCUAUACUCCAAUGCUUGCCAGAGGAGGGUCUGCCCAAAUCCAUUUCAAAACUCAGAGUUGAAGGCUGCCCGUUGAUCAAACAGCGCUGCAAGAAACAAGAAGGUGAAGACUGGCAAAAGAUUGCACACAUUAAAUACAUAAUGGUUGACAGAGAACGAGUGAACAUAUAAGACGAAACACAAGUUGGAAAUUACCAAUGCACCAAUUCUCAUGUGCCUAAAUUGUCGUCAGGUUCCAGUUCUCCACAGUCUUUGAAAUUUAGUGCAAAAUAUUCUAAUAUCUAUUAGAUCACUUUCAUCAUGCAUCAACUCAUUGUCCUUUUAGUGUUCUGUUUUACGUGCAGGAAUUUCAAUUUUCGAUAUUCACUUUUGAAGUUGAAUAACGAUGCUUAUAUUUAGUUAAAUAUUCAACGUUAAAAUCAAAUGAAUUUUUAAUCAUUUAAAUCAAUGAUUUAAAUUGAAGUCACAUGUUCUGUGAUAUUGGAAAAAAAUUAUGGACAAUUAUGCUGUGGUUUUUCGUGUUCAAUGAUCAUUUGCCAAGUGGUAUUUUUUUUCUUCUGUAUAUUAUCAGAAUGUUGAAAUUCAACUUUUCCCUUGAUACAAAAUAU